GGGUGUCAUGGAGUACACGGGGAGCCAAUAUAUUGGGGAAUAUAUAGAUGGGAGGAUGGAGGGCGAAGCUGAAUACAUCCUCCCUACGGAAACAAGAUAUGUUGGGGAAAUGAAGGACGGCAUGUUUCAUGGCCAAGGAACCCUGUACUUCCCCAACGGGAGUCGAUACGAUGCCGUUUGGGAAAAGGGAUUGGUCGUAAAGGGCAGGUACACCUUCGCGGAUGGGCUGCAGUAUGACGGGGAGAACUGGCAUUACUGCGACGGCUAUGAUCGGAGGUUUUACACGGAGAUCUGCUACGGCUUGAAGCCUGCAGGUAUCUCUCAACUCACCAAUAUGGACCCACCUAGAAAAAUCCCUAAAGGCUGUUAUGAUUGUGGGGACGGCUUCUAUAACCCAGUGACGAGGAUAGUCAAGGACUAUCGGAAUCGCUUCCUGAGAAAUGCAGAUGACGAUGAGCACGAGUGGAUCAUCCGGAAGUGUCGGAAGGGCUGGGACGAGAUCGUGGGUCACAGGCCCAGGCCGUGAGCUCUGCAGCCACCUCCGCCAGAGUUUCCUUCUGCACCACUGGCACUGCUGGCCCACGGGGCAGGCUGUUGUUCUAGAACCUGACUUUUGACUCAGGAAUAAAGACUU